AUGACUUUACAUAAAACAAAACUUACUUCUCCGAAACACCAAGACAAGAAAACUCCAACUGUACAGUUGACAAAGAAGUCGCCAUCUGCGUAUGAGGGAGGUAUUAGUGGUGUAUCCAUGUCUGGAGCCGGUAUAUCUUAUGAAGACUUUGAGAAACUAUUGGAGUCCAAGCUCAGUAAUAUUGAGGCUUUUAUUACACAAAAUAUCAAAACCACUAUCAGAACUGAAAUAAAUGCAGCGAUGGAAAAAUUGAAGACGGAGUUUUCAGAAACUACCGAUUUCUUGUCGGCGCAGCAGGAGGAUUUGAAAAACGAAAUUAAAACCGCAAACAAAGUUAUAAAAUCACUGGAGGUUGAAAAUGAUAAGUUGACCAAAGAAUUAAAUAGCAUAGGGGGACGUUUAAGUCUCCUGGAAAAAUCUUCGAGAAGCUGCAAUCUGGAAAUCCAAUCUUUCCCAGAAAGGAAACAGGAAAAUCUUACGAAAACUCUGAAAACAAUAUGUACGGAAAUUGGAUGUCCACUGCAGGAAAAAGACAUCAAUUUGGUCAGAAGGGUUGCAAAGUUCGACUCGUCUACAAGCCGCCCACGAAAUAUACUUGUCACACUCACAUCGGAGAGCCUUCGAAACAAUAUCAUAACUCAUUACAAAAAUUAUAAUAAGGCGCAUGUGUCAGCGCCAUUGAACUCAUCACAAUUUGGGAUGCCAGAUGUAAAAACUAAAAUUUAUUUGGUGGAGCAUCUGCCCCCUGAAACUAAAAAAAUUCAUGCAGAGGCGCGCAAAAUAGCAAAGAUGCUAAAUUAUAAAUUCGUGUGGGUAAAAUACGGUAGAGUGUAUAUGAGGAAGAAUGAGGAAGGCGAUGUAAUACACAUAAAAAAUCUGGACUCUUUGAACAGACUCAUUUAG